AUGAACUACGCGCAGAUCACGUCAUCUGUUGUAACUAUCAGGUUUAAUCACAGGUCUUUUAAACACAUACACCCACGUCUUUCAAUCUUGUCUGUUCUGAACCUUCUAAAGCCUCUUCCGAAGCGAAAUAAAUCGAUGCUUUUAAGGAUCAACAGACAGAUGAGAGAUAUAACAGUGAAAUACUGGCUAAUAGAACAGAAACUAAAUUAG